AGUCGGCUCAGUCGCCAGCGCGGAGCGCCACUCGCUGCGAGCUCUCGGCUGCGGGACGCACCGGCGGCGGGCUCUAUGGAGCGGAGUGGCUGGGUCCUGCUGCUUGUGGGCUUCCAUAUGGCCUGGGUCGCCUGGGCCCAGUGCCCAGAGCUGUGCCAGUGUGUCCGCACCGCCCAGGUGGAGUGCUCCGGUGCCAGCAUCGCCACUGUCCCCAGCCCCAUCCCUGAAAACACCAUGACCCUGCAAAUCAUCAACACGCGCAUCACGGAGCUGGGCGCCGCGUCCUUCGGCAACGCCUCCAUGCUGAUCGGGCUGCGUAUCGAGAAGAACGACCUGUCGCGCAUCAGUCCCAGAGCCUUCCAGUACCUGCCCUCCCUGCGCUACCUCAGCCUGGCCAGCAACAAGCUGCAGGAACUGCCUGUGGAAGUGUUCGAGCCCUUGGGCCAGCUGGAGUCGCUGCUCCUGUCCAGCAACCAGAUCCUCCGCGUUGAGCCCUCCCACUUCGCCCAGCUGAGCAACCUCAAAGAGCUGCAGCUGCACGGCAACAACCUGCAAGAGCUGACGGAGGGGGUCUUUGACCCGCUCACCAGCCUCACCAAACUGAACCUGGCCAGGAACAACAUCGACCACCUGCCACCCCAGGCCUUUGAGAGGCUGACGCGACUCCAGGUGCUGCGGCUCUACGAGAACCAGCUCCGGCAGAUCCCUGUGGGCACCUUCGAUGGGCUGCCAGAGCUGGAAGAGCUGGGGCUGCACCAGAACCAGCUGGAGACACUGUCCCCAGAGCUCUUCAUGCACAACGAGCGCCUCCAGAAGCUGUACCUCUCCAACAACCUCAUCACUGCCCUGCCCAGUGGUGUCUUCUUGCCCUUGCGCGCCCUCUCCAAGAUCACCCUGCAUGUCAACCGGCUGCGGGAGAUUGCCCCCGGUGCCUUUGGGCCCAUGCCCAACCUGAAGGAGUUGUGGCUCUACGACAACCAGCUCACUGCCUUCCCCAAUGGGGUCUUCAGCAACCUUACCCAGCUGCAGCUCCUGGUGCUGAGCAAGAACCAACUGCGCUCCGUCUCGGCGGGAGCUUUCCAGGGCCUGGGUGAACUGCUGGAGCUGUCGCUGCACUCCAACGCACUACAGCGCCUAGAUGCCGAGGCUUUCCGGGGGCUGCCCAAGCUGCAGAACAUCUCACUGCAGAACAACCAGCUGCGGGCACUGCCGCGGAGCCUCUUUGAGGCCGCACCGGCGCUGAGGAAGGUGCAGCUGCAGGGCAAUGUCCUUGAGUACCUGCCAGCAGGCAUCUUCGCCCCGCUGGCUGCCUUGCGGGAGGUGAGGCUGCACAAUAACUCCUGGCACUGCGAUGAGAAGAUCCUCUCCCUCAAGACCUGGCUGGAAGCCAACCAGGACAAGGUGGGCGAGAUCCCCUCCCAUUGUGGGGCUGCGGCGUGACCAGCUGCUCUCGACGGGCUGCCCAUGACGGCCGAGCCAGAGAGCUUCACAGCCACCUCGCGCCCCAGCACCCCGCUCUCUGCCCAUCCCUCCAAGCUGGCCCCCACGGCUACGGAGACAGGGCGCCCUACAGGGCUGCCGGCCGCCCCUCGCCUCGCGGAGGAGGAGGAGGAGAGGGGGCAGUGGGGGCUGACACGGGCACAGAGUGGGGUGGUGGUGGCAGUCAUCGUGCUGGUGUGCGUGGCCCUGCUCUGUGCCCUUGUGGCACUGGUGGCCUACAGCUGUAGGAAGAAGAGCCAAGUUGUGCUCAUGAGGAUGAAGGCACCUAACGAAGCCUGAGCACAUGGUGGCCCGCAAACUCUUGGGGGAGUGGUGCUAGUGAGGCAAACCCUUGGUGAAGCCCACGUCCGGGCUGAGCUGCCCGGCAGCAAUCCUGCAUCAGCUGCAGUGGACAAGUUGGAUGGACCAGCAUCACCCCACAUCCCCUGUGCUGCUCUGCUUUGCCUUGUGCAGGCCCUCCUCUGCAGUGGGGUGAAACCCCCAGGUUGACCUCAAUCCUAUUCAGCCCCCGCCUCCAGCACGGCCUCUGUGCCGGUUCCCCUGUACUCUGGCAUGUCCCUGGGGCCCAUCAGGCACGGUGCGGGGUGCUGUGAGGGGAGGUGGAGCCCCCCAGGGGCUGCUCAGGGCACAGCAGGGGUCUGCAGCCUAGCUGUGGUGGUGCUUUCCUGGAGCAAGGGGGGCAUGGUGCCCCCCUUGCCCAUCCUUUGCCUCACGUUGCCUCCUGAGCAACGCCUGCUGUUUGCCCCAGCGCUGCCUGCUGCCCUGCCCCAGUUCCCGGUGCCUCGUGCAUUUGCUGCUCUCCCGCCCUGUGCCUGGGGAUACAGGGUGCUAAACCAUUGUGCAGUGCUGGGGAGCGCAGCAGGAGCUUUCGCCCCAAGCAGAGCUACGUGUCCUUGUGCUGGUUUGCAGCCUGUGGGCCUCCAGGCAGGGAUCCCCUGGGGCAGGGCUCUCUGUGCCUUGGCCCUGUGCCCAGGUGGGGCUCCUGGCCGCUGAGACGCUCCUUGGUGCUACUGCAGCCUGCACAGAGUAACUUGGCUGUCUCUGAGCUGCCCUCCCUGCCCGCAGGCAGCACAGGGUUGAGAAGAGCAGCAUCUUCCCCAAGCCCCAUCCUGAGAAAUGUCCUGACCCCAACGCACUUGUGCUGCGUGGGAGUGUGCAUAUGGCCUGGGCACAGCAGCAAACCUCCACAGCCAGGGCCUGAGCCCCGUGGUAGGCAGGUAGGCUAGCCUUCCUGAGGCUGUGCUGCCACCUCUAGCUCACAGCGUGCUGGCCUGGGGGUUACAAGGAGGUCAUUGGGAGAGGUCAAGGGAAGCGCUAGUGGCUGGGAGAUCAGCGAGGAGCACACAUGGAGCUGGACCAGAUGUCUGGCCAUGCCAGCUGGCCCUCGCCCAAGGGAGCACUUUGCAAAGCCCCUUCCCCUGCGUGGGCCCCUCUCCCUGGGACAAGAAGAGGCUCCCUGCACUUGUGCACCAGUCAGGCACGGCUGCUAGAGCAUCCCAGGGCUGCAGCCCAGCAGGACCCGGUCCAGCUCACCUCUGCAAGUGAUCCCGCAGCACUGUGACGGUGCUGGGCCAUGCCAGGGAACGUCACUGUGGCUGUGCGAGUGCUAGGGGAGCUCCCUGGUAUCUGCCAGUCUCCCUGCCCCUGCGUGCCCCCCUCGGUGCCCGCAGGCCCUGCGCUCACACGCUGGGGUGCUCCUCCUGACUCACACCUGCAGAAUAGCCUGGAAACAUGGGAAUAUGCAUCUGUGCUGUUCAGUACCUGCUCUGUAACCUCUCCGAUUAAAGUGCA